GUCACUACUUCACUUUCCAAAUCCGCUCAGCCUUUCCUUUUACUCACUAGCUCGCUCUUAUCUUCCAAUAAGAAGCAAUGCUCUUACGUGGCACAAUCCUACAGACUCUCACCUCCACCGUACUCCGCCUCAGAACCACCACCUCUUCUUCUCUUCCCCAAAUCGUCGCCGUCUCAGCCCAACCCCAGUCCCAGAAGAACUACUCCAUCUCCGACAAGGACCUCCAGUCCCGAGGAUUCAUCCUCCGCCGCACGCCGGACGAUCUCAACCUGGACCACCUCAACAAGGUCUUCGUCGCCGUCGGCUUCCCGAAGCGCGAUACGGAUAAGAUCCGAAUCGCCCUCGACAACACCGACGCACUACUCUGGAUCGAGUACGAGAAGACGCAGCGCCCCGUCGCCUUCGCCAGGGCCACCGGAGACGGUGUGUUCAACUCCAUCAUUUGGGACGUGGUCGUCGACCCUUCGUUCCAGGGAAUCGGGCUGGGUAAGGCCGUGGUGGAGCGACUGGUGGAGGAGCUCUUAGAGAAGGGAAUUACGAAUAUCGCUCUGUAUUCGGAGUCCCGAGUUUUAGGGUUUUACAAACCGAUGGGUUUCGUCGCAGAUCCGGAUGGGAUCCGCGGAAUGGUGUAUUCCAGAAAAAACAAAAAGAAGUAAAUUAAAUCAAAUUUCUUUCAUUGA